ACCGUUCAGUUUGUGGCGUUACGUUGAGAGACGCUCACUUGGCAGGGAUGUUGCAGGAUGUGCCUCCAAGAUGGCGCCAGCAGUCUCGGAUUGACGGGAGCCAGGGCAGUUUUCCCGUACUUUGCCGCACAAAAAGAAGCGUUCUUUAUCAGUUCUUUGCACGUUCUUUGUUUUCCCAAAGAGCUCUUUCCGGGUGAACAAACAAAGAAAAGCUGUGGAAGAGUAGCUGUAGGAGACCUUUUUGUUCCGAAGAACCUUUUUUUCAUUGUUGAGAACGCGAAAGCCCGGUUUUCUUUCUGGAACCCUUCAGAAGCUCGGCUGCUGAUCCGCUGCGGGUUUCGAAUACCUGUACGGAAAUACCGAGAAGCCCAUUUCAGUUACCCGGUUGUGCGGUGUACGCUGGACAGCGGGAGAUAGAUGGCCGAGCACUGGUCCGUGCAGCAAGUUCAGCGCUGGCUCGCUCAGAACGGAUUGGCCGAAUUUGCGGGCAGAUUUGAAGAUGAGGACAUUGAUGGGGAGACUCUGAUCAACCUGUCAGAACGCAUGGUGGAGAGACUUCUGCCGAACGCCAGGCUUCAAGUGAAGCUUCUGAAGCUGAUUGGAACCUUAACAACAGACGCAAGGGAGCAAAUACAUGACGCACCUACCGUUCCGGAGGUGCACCCGUCACCGGGACCAGAGACGCAAUCAGAGGACGGCUGGCCAGACGUUUAUCGCCUCCCAGGUUUUCCGCCGGACCUUGCAAAGAAACUACAGCUGAAGUCGAACGAAUUUCUCUCUCCCAAGAGAAACGAGGCGAGGACGACCCUCGUGCAAUGUCUCGCCCUCGACAUCAUCAGCAAAACUCCGACGCCCUCUCGAAGUCAGCUGUCCAGUGUGAUGAACGCAUUAAAGGCAUCCUAUCCAUUUCUAGUCGAUAGCACAGGAUCGUGCGAUGCCAUAAAGCUCAGCCUGAUAAACAAACUGAAGAAGGAACGACAAGCCAUGGAGGAUCAUCCGCAAGUCGCGGAGAACAGACAAAAGUUUGGAAGAGGGGGAGGCAGAAAACGGAUUGAUUCCCAAGGUGAACAGGAUACACCGUGCGGCUUCCAGAAAAUGAAGAGUUACCCGGAGCGUCGUGAGGGAUCAAAGAGAGCUGUCCCAUCAUCGUGGAAGCAUUUUAAGCGGAUGGAAUCGCUCCUCGGAGCUCGUGCCGCACUUCGGGAGCUGGACGACUCUCAAGACACAGCAGGCGACGAAGGAACAGAAGAUAGCGAGACGGACAGAUCAUUCGUCAUAGCGCCUCUGGAAGGGAUGUACGCAGACAGUCAGGAAGAAUACAUCGUUCCAACCACUACGGACCCUUCCAUGCCUUCAACAUCAGGUACGUCAUCAGCAGACGCCACUUCGCUUCGUCUCAGCGAGGUCCGCUCCCUGGCUGAUCCGCCAUCGUCAGCACAGGAGUUACUCUCGAUCCAGAUCAAGGAAGAAGUGACAGACGAACAAAUGGAGCAAGAAUCCUUUCAACAGCCUUCUAGGUCACCACCGACUGCGACUGUGACGUCAACACCGCUAGUAACUUUCCCCGAAGCAAUCAGUGAAAGUGCCCCGAUACUUCCUCCUCACCCAGUGUUUUCCACGAGCGAACCGGCGCACCUUCCGUCUCUUACGGAACCAGAAGCACAACCCGCGAUCGCAGCGCCCUCAUUAGAUGCAACUCGGCCCCCGUUAGAGCAGACCACAACGACGGGUGGAUUCAACAGAUCCCGCAAGCGUCCGGCCACCCCGUGGAUCACACUGUCCGCCACAGAACGCAAGGCUAAGGUCGAAUUAGAAAUCCUCUUUGCGCAGCGGAGGAAGAUCGAAGCGGAGUUGAGGAAAUUCGAAGCGGACGAACGCAAAGUGGUCGCCGAAACCUUACUGCUCGCCGAAGAGAUGAAGAGGUGCGAAGAAGAAAAGAAGAAGUUUAAGGCUGAAGCUGAAUUCUUCCUUCAGGAAAAGGCCAAGUCUGAAGAGGAAACGAAGAAAGCAGCGGCGAAGGCAGCUCUGCUUCUGGAGCACAAGAAUUUUUAUGUGGAACAGCAGAAGACGGAGAUGGUCCGACGAAGAAUGCUCUUGUUGGAAAUGAGGAAGAUGAAGCACGAUCUGAAGCUUCUUCAAUGAGUCGGGUGGUCGCGUUCGCUCGUACGUAUCGUCUGGAGGAACAGUCGUACCGAAAGUGUUCGCGGCGAUCGGUUCUUUGAGUGAACAUCAUUGUACAUAUUCAUCGUCACACUCACUGGACACAUUCUGUCUCCCUCUCUGUGUGCUUAUUAUUAUUUUUUUUUCGGUGGCAAGAAUGUCCACUGUUAUAGUCAGAAGACACGUCUGCAGUGAGUAAUGAGAUCAUCAUUUGAGGCGCUCUUCUGUUAAUAUAUCUUCCCUGAUGAAAGACGUUCCCUUUCACUACCCUCUCUGCCUGUUCAAGUUUCCACUCCGCUCAUUGUCAUGGUUGUUUGGCGGUGCCAACAAAAAGGAUGGAAAAUAAUAAUAAAAAAAAACGUGUUCA